AUGGCGUGUUGUACGAGACUGUUGUUAACGUUGUUAGUUCUCGGUACAGUCGAUCAUGCAUUCGGAGGAACAUGGCUAUCAUUCAGUGAGUUUUUACAUAACUUGUUUUAGUUAGACAGCAUAGCUUUGCAUAUAGCACGCUAUAUAUUAUAAGCUUCAAUGUAUUACACAUUACACUAAUAUUAAUGCACUGAACUAGUCCGUACUCAUCUUGGCUACGCCAGACACCUUUUCAAUUUAAAAUUUUUUUAAAAAUAUUUUUUUAAUUAUUAUUAUCAAAAGGUGAAAGAUGAACACAAGUUCCAAUUUUUAAAGAAUUUUGCAUUUGUUGCCAACACAGCACUAGGCUUGCCGCUAAUCCAAGCCUAACUUUUCUAAACUCAAAAAUAUAAGGUACUAGCCCAAACCAACGUUCUCUCAUCCAAACUGAGCUAGCCAAUUUAGCUGACGGCUCGGCUGACCGACUAGCCAACGCGAUUCCUGUCCAGUCCAUGGGAGAGGCGGGCAGGCCCGCCGGCACUGAUCCGCUGGAGAUGUUACUGAGCAGUUGUAACGAGAACUAUGUGAGUUUUAAUUAUUAAGGGGGGGGGGGGAUACGAAAACUAAAUUUUGUAAUACUUCAAGAUUAGUUACACUAAACUUUACUUUCCACUCUGUAAUCUUUCUAAUACCAUUACCACCUUAACCCCUAACUUUCAGAUGACCCGAGCCCAACGUUCCGAACCCUCAAAGUCCGACGUUCUCCGACUGUGCAAGGCCUUACUGGAGUCGAUGCAACAGUAA